AUGGCGACAGAAUCUCAUCGGAAAACUCGAUUCCCUGCUCCAGGCCGGGCAGGGAGCCGCCUGACCGAUCAGGAAGAUCCCAACGCCAAACGACAGACGCUAUUUCCUGGGGGCAUGAGGAUACGGACGCUCUCCCUUUUAGAGUCGAAUAAGUCGCCCGUCAAAUCAAAUAUAGAAGGCAACGCGCUUCAAAUUCUGUCACGAUCUGUGAAAGUUAAUCCGCCUAAUGCGGUACCAACAAGACCACCACCGGAAAUGAAGAUCAAGAACAGGAGACCAUAUCAUCCUUCUGGCCUUCACACACUGACUCCGUGGGAUACGUAUAAGGCUCUUCGUCCUCUGCAGCGCGGGGGUGAAGUCACGGCAGCUUGUGCGCGGACAGACCCGAGCAGGAUGGUAACAAUUAAGAAACUCUCUCUUAGUCAAUUUCAAGAGUUUAGAAGUUGCCAACAUGAGAAUUUGCUCGUAAUCAUAGACGGGUACCGAGCCGAAGACCAAAUAUUUGUCGUUACCGACUAUACGGUUUCUACUCUCAAGUAUAUCAUUGCCAUAGCCCUCCCGCUGGAAGAACUCCACGUCUUCGAAGGAAUGCAGUACCUGUCCGAAUUUGGUAUUACGCGCAAUAAGCUCGACAGUUCAAGCGUCUUGUUUUUGUCAGACGGAUGCGUAAAAUUAGGUGUGUUGGAUGAAAUCGCGUUGCUACACCGGCUAAAGAAUAUUCAAGCAUACUUUGAUGAAUGUGAAUCCGCAGAUCCCGCGUCGGCUCGUUCGCUCGGGGUCAUUGCUAUGGAAAUGAUGCAGAAUAAUAUCCCUCCUGCGACAGAGAAGUUGGUCUUGAAUAACCCUGACCAGUGGUCUGCAGAAGCGUCCGACUUUCUAGACAUUGCUUCUUGGGCCACAUUAAAAGAGAUCCAGAAGGUUCGAGACCUCUAUUUUGCUUAA